AUGGCGAACGAGCAUGAUACUUUGCUGCCAGUGCACGAGCAACAUGUAAGAGAUGAGCCAAACCGCGUCUCAUGGAGACUGAAAAAGGUGCAUUACAUUCUUCUUUCCGUUGUUUUUAUGGCAAUUGGUUUUUUCUUCUUUUUACCGUUUUUGGCAAAAAAGAAAGUAGGACCCAAACCAAAGUAUGCGGUGAUGAUGGUUUCAGAUGGAAUGGGACCUGCUUCUUUAUCCAUGAGUCGAUCGUUUGCUGAGUAUAUCACUGGCGAUAAGGAUUACAUUCUUCCUCUCGACAAGCAUUUAAUCGGAAGCUCUAGAACACGAUCUAGCUCUAGUCUCAUUACGGAUAGCGCUGCUGGUGCCACUGCCUUUUCUUGUGCUGCCAAAAGUUAUAAUGGAGCAGUGGGUGUUUUAGAUGGUGGUAAAGCUUGCGGGACUUUAUUAGAAGCAGCAAAAGAAGCAGGCUAUUUGACUGGUAUGGUCGUCACUAGUAGAAUAACGGAUGCCACGCCUGCUUCAUUUUCUUCUCAUGUUGCGAAUCGCUUUAUGCAAAGUCUAAUUGCCGAGUAUCAGGUAGGUAUGGGACCCUUGGGACGGAGUACGGAUUUAAUGUUUGGUGGAGGGCUAUGCUCAUUUCUUCCCAAUUCAAGUUAUCAAUCAUGCCGUGCCGAUGACUUGGACCUCUUAAAGUAUGCUAAAGCCGAACAAGAUUUCAACGUACUUUUGGACCGUGCGGAAUUUGAUGAUUCAACGAGGCAUCAACUUCCAUUAUUAGGCUUGUUUUCUGGCCGUCACAUGGACUACAAUAUAGACAGAGACCCCAAGAGCCAACCUUCUCUUACCGAAAUGGUAGAAUCGGCUCUUGAUACCCUCUAUAAAUUUUCCCAGUCUACUGGAAAAGGAUUUUUCUUACUUAUUGAAGGCAGUCGUAUUGAUAUGGCUUCUCACAACAACGAUCCUGUAGCCCAUGUUCAUGAUGUGUUGGAGUAUAACCGUGCUUUCCAAAAGGCUUCUGACUUUAUAGAAAAAACAGGAGGAGUUUUGAUAUCUACUUCUGACCAUGAAACUGGUGGAUUAACCGUCGGUCGACAGGUUACUCCGGAAUAUCCUGAUUAUAUUUGGAAGCCAGAAGUCCUUGAACGGGCUACUCAUUCCUUCGAAUACCUUGCCAAAUCAAUAAUGAUCCACGAGGAGUCGGAACUUCGUUCCUAUAUUCAAAAUAGCAUUUUCCCAGCUUUGGGAAUUAAGAAGCCCAGUCAUAAAAUGGUGAACAGCCUCUAUGAUGCGAGAUCGAAUGUCUUUGAAUUGAUCAGCCGCAUGAGUCUUAUCAUCGGCGAACAGGCACAAAUUGGAUAUACUACUCAUGGUCACACAGCAGUAGAUGUGAACGUUUAUGGAAGCGGCGAUGCAAUUCGUGACAUAAGGGGAAAUAUUGAAAAUAUUGAGAUUGGAAAAUAUUUGGAAGAGUAUUUAGGAAUCUCAUUGGACCAAGUCACCUCUAAAUUGACCGAUGCUCCCAUAUAUGGUGAUCCAGAUCGUGGAUUUAAGGCAGGCGCAUUUGUACACGAAAUAUUGGAGAAACAUUCUGAGGUGAAUACUAGGGAAUAUGAAGAUUACUUGGCAUCAUCGGCUAAAAGAGGCCAUAGUGUUGAGCUUUAG